AUGCUCUUCGUGUUUUCUUCAUCUCUCUCCCUCCUCUCUCUCUCUCUCUUUCUUGCUCUCUAUUUCUCUCUCUGUCUCUCGCUCUCACCCACUCUGCAUCUGUACACAUCUAUCUAUCUAUCUAUCUAUCUAUCUAUCUAUCUAUCUAUCUAUCUAUCUAUGUCUGUUUACAUCUAUCUCUGUUUCUGUUUGUCUGACUUUCUAUCUAUUAUAUAUCUAUCUAUCUGGCUAGUUUAUUACUCAGUCUGUUCAUAUCUAUCUCUCUCUCUAUCUCUCUCUCUGUCUAUCUAUCUAUCUAUCUAUGUCUGUUUCUAUCUAUCUAUCUAUCUAUCUAUCUAUCUAUCUAUAUUUAUACCUAUCUCUGUCUAUUUCUAUCUAUCUAUCUAUCUAUCUAUCUAUCUAUCUCUAUUUAUAUCUAUCUAUCUAUCUAUCUCUAUUUAUAUCUAUAUUUCUAUUUAUAUCUCGUUUCUGUCUGCAUUUUUUACACACAUGCACAUAUAUGAUCUAUCUAUCUAUCUAUCUAUCUAUCUAUCUAUCUAUCUAUCUAUCUUGUAUAUAAUACUGUAUUCAUAUCUAUCUAUAUCCAUCUCUCUCUCUCUCUCUCUCUCUCUCUCUCUCUCUCUGUUAGUUGGUCUAUCUAUCUAUCUAUCUAGCCUGUAUGUAUGUAUGCAUUUAUCUACCUAUCUAUUUAUACACACACACUCACACACACACGUAAAUAUCUAUCUAUCUAUCUAUCUAUCUAUCUAUCUAUCUAUCUAUCUAUGUCGUGUCUAUAAAGCCUGUGCGUAUCCUUCAAAAUAUUUUAUAGUUACCUUUCGAUUAAUCUGCUCAUGUCUACCUAUCUAA